AUGUUUGCUUUCCCCUUGGAUGGACAAGUAGGAUAUAGUUCUGCUCCACAACAAGCUCCAACACCAGCAGCUUUACAACAAUGCGAGGCACAACAACAGACGCAAACACAACCACAGCCAUUACAACAACAACAACAACAGCAGCAGCAGCAGCAGCAGCAGACGAAUUCAACGAAUGAAAACAAUUACAGUUUUGACUGGCAAGGGCACUCUCAUUUAACGAAUAACCUGGGCUAUAGCGAAGUGAAUGAUUCAAGCUUUACGAAUCAAGCCCCUUGGUCAGUGCAGCCAAUAUCGGGCAAUGGCAUGGAUGGUUACUUGACACCCACCAACUUAGAGCCCAAUUACAGUCCCAACGAACAAGUAAACUUUGUAAACCCGUUGGAUACGUCCGUCAACACCCUUUUUCCGUCCUGGGAUACGAAUGUUCAAAUACCAGCGACUAUUAAAGAAGGAUGGCCCGUUACGAACGAUAACAAUAAUAACACUAAUUUUCAGCAGGCUCAACAGUUUCCUUUACCUUAUUCUUCGCCAGCAGGGCAAUAUCCGCUCUUGCCCUCUGCGUGUAAUGCAAACCCUACUUAUUUCCAGACUACGAAUACCAAUUUAGAUAUUACCAUUUCUACUACUGCUACUAAUACUCCUGCUACUACUCCUACUAUUAUUUCUACUCCUCCUCCUCCUCCUCCUCCUACUACUUCUUCCGGCGCAGCCUCCGUCUCGACGAAGCUUAACAGUAAUAAUACCACUACUUCUAAUAGCGAUGAUAAUAUUCCCCUCGUAUUCAAUGACCAUACCGAAUUCCCUUCGUUGUUCUUCAUCGACACUGCUGGAAGCCCGGGGUACCAUAGAUCUUCUGUUUGCAACAUUGACGGUCAUCCAUUCCAGCAACAGCAUGUUCAGCGACCAAGACAGUCUUUCUCUCAGGAAAUAACCCCACCUCCGUCCAUCACUGCUUCAGGAAGUAACUCGCCAAAUAGCAGUAUCUCUAUCUCUACUCCGCCGCCAAUGAAUUAUUUCUUGACAUCGCACCAUAAGCCUCAACAACAGCCACAACAGCAGCUACAACAGCAGCUACUCCCUCCAACGGUACAAAAUCAAUUACGACUCAACAGCAGCGGUGCUGUAAAUACUACUCUUACCAUCCCUACACCAGCAACAAAAGGCCGUCGUGCAAGUAGCAAUAACCGUCGCAAGUCAGAAAGCAACACAGCUAAUCACAGAACGUAUCGUCGACGGGCAUCAUCACACCCUUCAGUUGCUUCUGUUGUCUCACUUUCGGCGCACGAACCGGUUUCCAGAAUCAUUGAUGGCAUUGAAUACAUUACAUUCUUAUAUUCUCAUGACCGUCUUAUCAAAGAAUACACCGUCCGCACAGAUGUACAAAAUGUGAAUUUGGAUGUUAUUCCAGACAGUUUCCGUGUUCAAAAUGCUAUUUAUCCUCGAGCGAAUGUACCACGGGAAGAGUACGAUGGAAACCGCUGGGAUUAUGAGACUAGAUGUAAUAGACUUGGUUGGGAAAUCUGCUGGCUGAAUCAAGAACAAUUAUGUGGUCGUCGUGGACUUAUCCAACGCGCUGUUGACUCUUAUCGUAAUCGCCAUGCCGAGUUACGUUCUCGCCGUGUCACUCGUCAAGAAAAAGUAAAUAAUGGAACUUUAAGAAAACGCAGUAGGAAGAAAUCGUUCAUUGCUCUUCAAGGAUAA